CGAGCGCAUGAGGUGGAUGCGUGCAGCGUGCCCAGCGCAAUCCGACAGCCAUCGGCACAUUUGCUAAGCUAGAAAUAGUGGUCGAACAACCACUGUGCAAGGGCAUUCGAAUUUGCUGCGCUCGAGAGGCCAGACGAGCUGCAGCAACACAAAGCCCUGGGACUGCUCACAGCAGCACGCCAUCGACGCGACACGCUAGGAAUCAAAAUGCUGCGCGGCGUCACGCUCCUGUUCUGCGCCGCGGCCACGCGCGGGCUCAUCGCGCCGCGCCACGGCUUCCCCACGGCGCGACGGCCACAGCGCGCACAAACAUGCCGCAUGCUCUUCGACAAGUUCGACGCCGAAGCGGUCAACGUGCUCAUGUACGCCCAGCAGGAAACGAGAUCCGCGAAGCUCGGCGAGGUCGGCACCGAGCAAGUGUUGCUAGGCGUCUUGCAGUGCCCCGAGAACGCGAAGAAAGCUUUAGACAGGUUCGGCGUCACGUUAGAUGCGAUGCGCGAUACCAUCGGAGUGAAAAAGUCUUUGGGAGAUAAGGCCGCGGAGCUGUUUCGGAGGGAAAAGGAACCGUUGCCUUUUACGGCGCGGUCGAAGGCCUGCUUCAAGCGCGCCGUCUCGGAAAGCGAGGCCAUGGCCUGCGAGGAGGUGCGGCCCGAGCACCUGUUCUUGGCCGUGGCGAGAGACGACCAGUCGGAGGCUAGAUCCGCUCUAGAGAAGUUGGGCGUCGAGGUCGACGCCCUGUGUGACGCCGUGGCCAAGGACGCGCGGAAGGCCAAGGGUUCGCUCGUGGGCGUGGGCGGCGACGGCGACGAGCGGGAGACGACGUUAGCUUCGGUCGGUGUUGAUCUCACGGCGUUAGCUCUAGACGGGGAACUGGAUCCAUGUGUAGGGAGGAGUGAGGAAAUCGCCAGAGCAGUCCAGAUCUUAUUAAGAAGACGGAAGUCGAACCCGUGUCUCGUCGGCGACGCGGGCGUCGGGAAGACGGCCAUCGCCGAAGGUCUGGCCCAGAAGAUCGCGGAGGGCGACGUGCCCAAGAAGUUGAAGGGUGCUCGAGUGCAUACGCUCGAGAUGGCCUUGUUAGUUGCCGGUACGAAGUAUCGGGGAGAGUUCGAGGAGAGGUUAAGGGACGUCGUCGCCGAGGCUUCUAGUGAUACGAAUACCAUCCUGUUUAUUGAUGAACUCCACACGUUGGUCGGUGCGGGUGCGGCCGACGGCGCCAUCGACGCGGGGAACAUCCUGAAACCGGCUCUGGCUAGGGGCGGGUUGCGGUGCAUCGGCGCUACUACUGUUGCGGAGUACAGAAAAUACGUCGAGAAGGAUCCCGCGCUCGAGCGACGGUUCCAACCUGUAAGUGUGGAUGAGCCGUCCGUCGAGGAGACCGUCGAGAUCUUGACGGGAUUGCAGAAGGAUUAUGAAGAGCACCACGAGGUCACUUAUUCUACGGAGGCCGUUGCCGCCGCCGCAGCAUAUGGUGAUAGGUACGUAAACGAUCGAUUCUUACCUGAUAAAGCUAUCGACUUACUAGAUGAGGCCGGCGCCGCGGCGCAAGUGAGGGUCGAGAACAACCAGGGCGAAUCUCAUGUAACGGAAGACGACGUCGCGUCCGUCGUGUCCACGUGGACGGGUAUUCCGGUCCAGCGGUUGUCGAGGCCCGAACAGUUGCGACUGAUGGACCUCGAGAAGGAGCUCCAUGAGGAUUUGAUAGGACAAGACUCCGCGGUGACGGCAGUAGCCAGAGCCAUCAGGCGCGCGAGAGUCGGCAUGCGCUCACCACAGAAACCUGUUGCGAGUUUCAUCUUCGCCGGCCCGACGGGCGUCGGCAAGACCUUCGUCGCCAAGACGCUGGCCAAAACCUACUUCGGCGACGAGAAGACGAUGGUCCGAUUCGACAUGUCCGAGUACAUGGAGAGGCAUACUGUUUCAAGGUUGGUGGGCUCACCACCGGGCUACGUCGGUUUUGAUGAUGGCGGGCAACUCACGAACGCCGUGCGACGGACGCCGCACUGCGUCUUGCUUUUCGACGAGAUCGAAAAGGCUCAUGGGGAUGUCUACAACCUGAUGCUGCAGAUCCUGGACGACGGGCGGUUGACCGACGCGCAAGGUAGAACUGUGGACUUUUCGAAUGCUGUGGUCGUGUUCACGUCCAAUGUGGGUAGUCAGGACAUCCUGGAGGCGUUCGAUCAAGGUGGGAGUGCGGAUUUGAUCCGAGGUAAAGUUACUGGUGCUUUGUCCGAGAAUUUUAGACCGGAGUUCCUGAACCGAUUGGACGAGAUCGUCGUGUUCGACCCGCUCGAUAAGGAGCAACUGAGUGAUGUGCUCGAGACGAUGCUGCGGGAGGUUUACGAGCGAGCCGAGAAGGAAGAUCUGAGGAUAGCUUUGACUGAUGGAUUGAAGGCGGAGAUCAUCCAGGCCGGGGCUGCGGACGCUAGAUUCGGCGCGCGACCACUGAGGAGAGCGGUCCAGCGCUUCGUCGAAGACGUCAUCGCAGAAGGUGUUUUGGGGGGAGGCGUCGACCGAACGAAGCCCAUCACGCUGGAUUACGGCGCGGGUCAGGUAUUAGUCACCCAAAACGGCAAGCAGUGUUGUGCUGUACCAGUCGACGCUGCGCAAUUCGGGGGGGUCGAGGCGGCCAAGGAUGCUGAAUUGAGAAGUGCGAUGCCGAACCUGCCCUUCGACGUCGUCGACGACGUGGCACCGCUGGAAGCGGCCGUGCCGUCGGGCGGGGGCGGCGGGAAAUCUAGGAGAACGGACUAAUUUAGGAUGUCUUCGACGCGCUUCUUCAUGACCGGAUAGA